AUGAGCUUUGAACUUUUUUAUGAAAUUCCGGACAGAAGCAUUUCUCACUGCUCUAGAAAACUGAGUGUGGAUUCUUUUGUUGGAUGUUCUUCAAAAUAUCCCAGCAGUGUUGGUGAAGUACUGAUUUCAGAUAACUUUACUCAUUUGCAAGAACACGUCAACUUUAGUCUUCUGAACCUUAUGAUUGUCAUUCCGCUGCACUUAUUUAUCACUCCAGACGUUAUUUUAUUCCUGCGCCGUUCCGAAAACGUGGCCGGCUUGUUCGUUUUUUCACCUAGUUUUCCCAACUCCACUUUUGAGUACCCUUCGGGUUUUUCCGAGAAUACUUUUUGCCCAAAUGGCGAUUUAACAUUUUAUAAUGAAUCGCGGCACUUGUGUGAUGGAGAUCCGAAGUGGAAUCCUCCAGCUUCUGAGUAUGCCACAAUUUCUUGGCCUUUUCCUGUCGUUCUUGCAGAAGGGAGCGAUACGGAGACAUGGAAUAACAUUACCGAUUGUUAUAAUUCAUAUAAUGUGAAUCCUAGUGAUGACACACGGUGUUAUAUGGAAAUUAGGAACUUCAUGUCUGCUGUGAAGUCUUCUCAAACGUGUUACUCACGUGAGGUUCUUUUAAGUCACCACUUUGAGGUAACAAACCAGAAUCAAAUAGGUGGAGUGAAUUUGAUGCUUCGCGCCAGAGCCUUAACGGCAACCAAUCCCAACGCUACAACUCCAGAUCCCACUCUCCUGGUGGUUUCUCGCAUAGACGCUCUUAGCAUGUUUGACCGCAGAGCGACCUCCGCGCUGGCUGUCUUGCCCGCUGUCAGUGUGAUGGUUUCGGCAGCUGCUCAUUUGCUAAAUCAGCCAGACAUCAGGGCCGGCAGGAUGAGAAAGAACCUGUUUUUCCUCUUCUUGGACAAUGAGGCCUUGAGUUUUAUGGGCUCGCAGCGAUUUCUUUUUGAUCUCACACACGAACGUAUUGCGCAGGCAUCAGGUCUUCCUCUAAAUGCAGAAUCCGUGGAGUCUGUCAUUGAGUUAGCGAAUAUUGGUCUGCCCCAAGAGGAUGAAAGGAAGCUUCCUAUUUAUUAUCUUCUCUCUGAUCCUGAUAUUAGUCGACAGGUAGCAGGCGGUCAAGGCAACGAAGUCCUUUUUUUAAAUGGCAGCAUCGUUUCUCCUACACUAUUGCCUCCAAGCUCGUCGACACAGCCACUCCUUAAAUAUUUCAUGCAAAACGGUCGCCCACUCAGCCACAUCAUCAUUUCUGAUCGUCCGGCUCUUCCGCCCUUCGCGGACACUUUUGUAGACUCAUUUCUCGAUACUCGCUGGCCACCUAGCCCUUUAGCUAAUGAGCACCUCCUUCGAUUAGCCAAUCUGCUUGCCGAUAUGCUGCACCGAGUAAGUGGUGAAGAGAUCACCGAAGAUUCGUUACCCAUUCCAGAACCGAUAAGUGGUGUGAAACCGGCUGAAUUGAUGAACUGUUUCCUCAAGGAUCCUGGCUGCAACCUUUUGCGAAUGCAUUUGGAUCCCGAGGUGGUGAAUUUCCUUCUAAGUCUCAAGGGACCUAUCCCAAUGCAGACAUAUGAGCCAGUGGACGGUCACAGUUGGCGUGUCUCUCACGUGGUAUCACAUCUCCUCAUGGGCCUCACCGGUCAUCGUUUAAAGAAGUGUCCCCCUAGUAAAGAUUUUGGCGCUUUCACCUACAUGUACGGCUAUUAUAACGGCUCGACGUGGUGUUACCAAAGCCUCAUAGAGACUGUUACAUCCUUCUUCUUCCUCGAAGACGAUGCGGUUGCAGCUCCUGGCUGGGUGCGCAGUGUGCCAUUUCAGAAUCAACGCUUCGUCCGCCUCUUUCGCUCCGCUUCGUCCUCAGAGGACAAACUUGCGCUGGCGCUGGGAAUCGUUCUCACUGCUAUCACCGCGCCCAUCGCUCUGUUUAUGAGAGCUUUCACCGAUCGCAUAUUUCCACGAACACACGACCCACACCAUCAGUCCUGUUAA